AUGUACAUCUACAGCGGACUCUAUAUCGCCAUCGCUGCCGCUCUCUCCACCUCUGCCCUCAGUGAGACAGCAAGCACGUGUGCAACUGCGGGAGACAACACUACCACUGGCGCCGUGAGCGCGAUACGUCGGCCGGUCAUGUACUUCAUAGGUGACUCGCUAACUGCACGAGGAACCAACCCUGGCAACCGUGGCUGGAUUGCAUUGAUGCAGAACCGCUAUGUUAAAUCAGCUGACGUUGUGUCACGUGGGCUCUCUGGAUACAACACCCAGUGGUUCAUCGAUACGGCGUUGCCGACAAUUGAGAAGGAAGUUAAGGACCUGCGGUCAAAUUCACUGAUUACGCUGUGGCUUGGGACGAACGACGCUGCUCUCCCAACUAGAUCGCAUGCUCGCCAGCAUGUCCCUCUUGCAGCCUACAAGAAGAAUCUGAUCAAGAUUGUUCGCACGCUUCAGACCGCAGCACCUGAUGCCGAAAUUUUGCUGAUUACGCCGUCGUACGUCGAUGAAGCCACCCUCAAAUCUCGCUCAUCAAAGGGCUUACCAGAGCGCACAAACGAAGCAGCGGGCAAAUACGCUCGAGCGUGCGUCGAUGCAGGCAAGGAGCUGGGGACGCACGUGCUGGACUUGUACUCAUUCUUCCAAACGUUGCCAGAGGCUGAACGUCCUGAAAAUUUGUCGGACGGGUUGCAUCUUAGCCGACGCGGUAAUCACAUAGUGUACGAGCAACUGCGGUCAAAGAUCAUCAAGGCGUUCCCUGACUUCGCCAAGCAGCUGGACGUUAGCCAGUUCCCUCCUUUUAGCGCGUUCACCGAUGCUUAG